AUGGAUUUUACAAGAUGGAGUAUCAAUGUAGCUAAAUUCGGACCAUUUAGUGAAGAUGACACGUUUCAGCACAAUGUCGCUUUAUAUAUGGCUUUCAACAACAAGGAUGCCAUGAUGGUUGUCCUAUUGCUCUUACUUGUUCUUUUACCAAUGGCUCAAAGCAUUGGACCAAUCCUCUCACAAAUUGAAUCAUCACCAACUAUCCCUUGUAGGGCAGAAAUGACUUUAAAAAACUUGGAGAACCUUAACCCUCGCAUUAUGAAACAAGUUAUACCAUUAAUUGAGCAACUUCCUCCUUUGUACAUGGAGUCGGCUAAUGGAAGAGACAAUUUCUCUCCAAAACCAGAAGAAACUCGAAGACUAUUGAAACAUUAUGAUUUUGUUGUGCAUAUAAAUUCAUACUAUGGAAUCUCAAGGAAUCUUUUAAUUAAAUUCAAAGAUGGUACGAUUGAUGAAACCUCCACCCUAGCUCAUGUGCUUAGCUCAGAGUCUGCCUUUUGUUCAGUGUUGGAUAUGUCAAUUUGUUCACUUCCUGGUGAUCAUGGACUUCCUUUACAUCAGGCUUUGCCAAAUGUCCCACCAGGAAUGGUGGAUGCUAUAAACAGGGGAGGAGAGCUAUUUGCAAAUUUAACUGCAGGGACACCAUGGGAAGCAGUUGCUAAAGAAGUAGGUAAUUCACUAGGUGUAGACUCUCCAACUCUUCGUGAAAAUAAUUCAAAAGUGUUGGAUUUGCUUGCUGAUACAAUUAUUGCUUGGAUGAUUACAAACACUGGUGCAAAACUUUUGAAGCCAUAG